AUGCCGCUCGAGGCUCAGAAGCAGGCUUUGCAAGGAGAGCUGUCCAGUCUGCGUGGGAAGUGUGAAAACCUGGAGAAGAGCAAAUGGCAGCUGCAAGAAGAGGUGGCAGAACUCGAUCAUUGUUUGGAGACUUUGGUGCUGGAUGGCAGCCAAAGAGAAGAAUGUAAAAGAGAGGUAGAAGAACCAACUGACCAGGAAAGAAGUCAAAAGCUACAAGACGUCAGCCUCGUUUUGCAAGCACAGGCAGCCAACCAGGCCCCAUUAGGACAAAUCAGAGACAGUCAUUGUGAUUCCGUGAGAAUCCAGUUGGAAGACAGAAUUAGAGGCCUCGAAAGUGAAUUGGACAGGGUAAAAAGAACCCAACAAGAGAGUGCUUCUCGUAAAGAAGCAACGCAGGCAGAAAUGACGAUGUACAAAGACCUGUAUCUGGAGGAAGUGAAAACCAGAAGAUGCCUAGCCAAGAAAGUGGAAAGGUUGGAAAAGCUUCUGAGGCUAGAGAGGAGGAAAGUCAGGGUUAAUGAAGAGAAAGAAAGCCAGUCCCAGCUGGAAGAAAUGAAGAAGAGUUAUUCUGAAAAGGUCAAGGAAGUUGAUAGAUUACGAAGAGAGGUUGCUGAACUUUCCCAGCAGCUGGACAGGGAAUGUCAAAAGUGCACGCAGUUGGAAGCCAAAAAUCAAGAUUUGCAAGAAGAGCUGUCUACCCUGCGUGGGAAGGGCGAGAACCUGGAGAUGGACAAAUGCCAGUUGCAAGAAGAGCUGGCAAAAGUCCGGCAUCAUUUGGAGACUGACUUGGUGGAUCGCAGCCAACUCGAACAAUGUAAAAAAGAGGUGGAAGAACAAGCCGACCAGGAAAUCAGACAAAAACUCCAGGAAGUCAAUGAGUUUUUGCAAGCACAGGCAGCCUACCAGGACACAUUAGAAGAAAUCCGAAGCAGUCAUUGGACUCCCUGAAAAAAGCAGUUAGAAGAGAGAAUUAGAGAUCUGA